UCUCCUGUAGUUGUGUACAGCAAAUCUAUUCAAAAUCACGUUUACAUCGAAUUUAGGGAAGAAAUACCUUUGAACAUACACCCUAACGUUUUUCUUUUGUUUUCUUUAUCACCUAGCUUGAGAGAAAAGUAUGGUAAAUUGUAUUCCAUGAAGGUGGGGAGUUUUAAAACCGUCGUUGCCGAGGAUGCUGCUUCAGUGAAAGAAGUGUUGGUGAAGAAAUCGGCUGAUUAUGCUGGAAGACCUCCAUUCCAUAGCUUCGUGAUGACCACUCUUGGCGGAAAGGAUAUCGCAUUUGGAAAUUAUGGUCCUGCAUGGAAGUUUCAUCGCAAACUCUUUAUGACGGCGGUGCGAAAGUAUAUCUCGGAUCAAGAGCUGGUUGAAGAAAGAAUCUCCGAGCAAGCAAAAAGGCUUCUGCAGUACUUUGAAGACCAGAAGGAAAAAGGUUUUGACCCAUCACAGAUUUUGAUGGAAAGCGUUGCCAACGUCAUCUGUCGAAUCACGUUUGGAAAGCUCUUUGAUUCAUCACAUCCAGAUUUUAAGGAACUCUUGGAGAUAAACAACAGAGCCUUUACAGACACCGAAUUGAAUAGUCAAAUAUUUAUGUUAGAUAACUUUCCCAUAGCCAAAUACCUCCCAUUCAAAGCUUACGAAACAGAGAAAAAAAUGACUGAUCGACUCUUUGAGAUUCUGCGCAAUCAGCUAAGGGUGCAAGAGAAAGCAUUUGAUCCCGAAGCGGAGAUCGAGAGCCUCACUAGUAGCCUUUUGAAGGAAAAACUUGUCGCCGAAAAUGAAGUUGGCACUGGGGAGAAAGCAGCCAUCUUGUCCGACGACUACAUAAUCAACACCAUGGAAGACAUGUUCAGCGCUGGUUAUGAGACCACCAGCACUACUCUUCGUUGGGCCAUUGCUUAUUUAGUUCACAAUCCUGACUGUCAAACAGAGAUUCAGAACCAGUUGGAUGAGGAGGUAGGGAGGGAUCGUAUGCCAGGUCUGGAUGACCGCCCAAACCUUCCGCUGGUUCAGGCCACAAUCAUGGAAACACUUCGCCUCGGAAAUGUCGCUGAAGCAGCUCUUCCUCAUUACACUCUGAAGGAAACCACACUUGCUGGUUACCGUGUUCCAAAAGAUACUGUGGUUUUGCCCAAUCUGAUGGCCGUUCACAUGGAUCCAAGCUGCUGGGAGGAUCCGACCAAAUUCAACCCACACCGCCAUAUUGAUGCUGAUGGCCAAGUUAUUACCAACUCUGGAAACUUUCUACCCUUUUCUGCUGGACGCCGCGUUUGUGCUGGCGAGGCACUUGCAAAGGUCGAGUUGUUCUUUUUCCUGUCCUGGAUGUUGCACAAGUUUACCUUCUUGCCCCAAGAGAACGGUGUUCUUCCUGACCUUAAAGGAGUCGAUGGUUUUACCCGUUUUCCGGCGCCUUACAAUAUAAGGGUAGAAAAACGUCAAUAGAAGCCUAUGAUCUUAAGCGAACGGUGUUAUAAGCAGAAGUUGACUUGAGAGCUUGUAACAAAAUAGGUCCUGAUUUGCACAAACCGUGCGUCGGAAACUGUUUAUACUAAGUUUUCCUAAUGUGUAUCAUUAUAGUAGUAGCAGAAGAUUGAGAGCAUCUUUAUUUGGGUUAACAAUAGUUUAAGGGUAAAGUAUACUCAAGAAACCAUAUAAUUAUUUUUUCUUUCGUGGAAAAGUAUCCGUAUGAAAUUAUGAAACUGCCCGCAAUUUGAAAUUUCAGAAAGUGUCAUGGAACCUUCUAAAAUUAUGUUCAGUUGCGCCAAAGCUGCCUGCAUGGACGCCGCCAUUUUGAAUCUCGCUUAGCAGCCUGGCAGCUUAAUUGUGACAUGAAUUAGUCUCAUUCCUCUCUUUUUUAGCGGUCUGAUUAGAACAAUACAAAAAAGUAUUCUUGACUCAAACAAUAAUCCUUUGUUAUAAAAAGAGCAGAGCUGUUUGUUAACUGCACCCUGUGGUUUAGUAUGUGCGACACUUUAGUGUUUUGAGAAUGGCAGCGUAUAUAAAAAAAAAACAUUUUUAGUAACGAAUUGAUGUUACUUUUUUUAAAUGGUUG